UUUAUUUUUAUUUUUAUUCUUCUCUCUUUUUCUUAUUUAUUCUUUAAUCAUGUUUAAUAACAAUAGAAGAGAAUCUGUAGACCCUACCGCUCCUCCUUCAACUUAUUAUACUACUGGAAGAAAUGCACCUAAACAUAGAACAAGAACCUAUACGAGAAACGGCACUAGUUUCUGUUCAGGAGAUACAAGGGAGUUUUUAAAUACUGGUAUACAAAGGCGCGCAUCUUAUGAGGAUAGAGGCAAAAGUCGUCGUUUUUUAAUUGAUGUGGAUGCUACGUUAACACAUAUUUUAGAACAAGAGGAUACGGAUGGUGAUUUUCAAAUUACUAUUAAUGAUCUUGGUCCAAAGACAUUGUCUCUUGGUACAGCUGAUUCUGGAGGUUAUAAACGAUUUCAAAUUCGUGGUAAUUAUAUGCUAUCUAAUCUCUUGCAAGAACUUGCUCUUGCAAAGGAUUUUGGGCGUAAAUAUGUUGUCCUGGAUGAGGCAAGACUAAAUGAGAAUCCUGUUAAUCGUUUAUCAAGAAUGAUUCGUCAUCUCUUUUGGGAUAACUUGACAAGGACUAUUGAUGGCGUAGGUCUCGAAUCGAUUAGUGCUGAUCCUAAAAAUAGAACCAGGAAUAUUGCGCCUAGAAUCUAUGUUCCUUAUGACGAAACUGAGAUUUAUGAUUAUUAUAAAAGGGUAGCAGAGGCUAGACCGAAUCUUCAAUUAGAUGUCCAAUAUCUACCCAAGGACAUUACUCCUGAAUAUGUAAAGAGCAUUAAUGAUAAGCCGGGAAUUUUAGCUUUAGCAAUGAAGAGAGUCGUUGAUGAUCGUGGAAACGUUGACUUUCAGGGUGUCCCCUUCGUCGUACCCGGUGGUCGUUUUAAUGAAAUGUAUGGUUGGGAUUCUUAUUUUGAAUCAUUAGGUCUUUUAGUAGAUGGUCGAGUCGAUCUUGCAAAGGGCAUGGUGGAAAAUUUUGCUUACGAGAUUAAACAUUAUGGUAAAAUCUUAAAUGCUAAUCGUUCCUAUUAUCUGAGUCGAUCUCAACCUCCCUUCUUAACUGACAUGGCUAUCAAGGUAUAUGAGCAUCUCGACCCCUCCCAUGAAGAAGAAAAUAAAGCUUGGUUACGUGAGAUACUAAAGUCGGCUAUUAAAGAAUAUCAUACUGUAUGGAUGGCUGAACCUAGAUUAGAUAAAAAGACAAUGCUAUCUCGUUAUAGACCCGAUGGUAUAGGUAUCCCACCUGAAACAGAGGCCUCUCAUUUUGAUCAUAUCAUCAAAAAAUAUGCUGAGAAAUAUAAUGUUAGUAUCCCUGAAUUUAAUGAUAUGUAUAAUCAGGGUCAACUCUCCGAGCCAGAACUGGAUGAAUACUUUUUACAUGAUCGUGCUGUUAGAGAAUCAGGCCAUGAUACAACCUAUCGCUUCGAUGGUAUAUGUGCUAACCUGGCGACUGUAGACUUGAAUGCUCUAUUAUACAAAUAUGAAACGGAUAUAGCAGAUUGUAUUCGUGAUAUUUUAGAUGAUGAGCUUGAAGAUUUUGAUGGAAACAAACAAACAGCAGAGGAAUGGUCAGAUAGAGCAUCUCUAAGACGCAAAAGAAUAGAUACCUAUUUAUGGAAUGAAAAAGAAGAUCUUUAUUUUGAUUAUGAUACUGUCAAAGAAAAGAUGACUACCUAUGAGAGUGCUACGGCUUAUUGGCCCAUGUGGGCAGGUUGUGCCUCUCAAGAUCAAGCUCAAAGAUUGAAAAAGAGUCUAUAUAAAUUUGAAGUCAAAGGUGGUUUAGUUUCUGGUACAGAACAAUCCCGAGGUCCUGUCUCGAUUGAUCGUCCUAAUCGACAAUGGGAUUUCCCUUUUGGCUGGGCUCCUCAUCAAAUUAUGUCUUGGGCUGCUUUUGAUAAUUAUGGUAUGUCUGAUAUUGCUGGUCGUUUAGCGUAUCGUUUCUUGUAUACUAUUACAAAAUCUUUUGUCGAUUUUAAUGGUGUCGUUCCAGAAAAAUUUGAUGUAGUUAACCUUUCUCAUCAAGUACAAGUAGAAUAUGGUAAUGUAGGUGUAGACUUUAAAUAUGUUUCAAGAGAAGGCUUUGGAUGGAUGAAUGCCUCAUUCGAAGUUGGACUUUCUUAUCUUGAUACGCGAUUGCGUAGAGCGCUAGGUGCAUUAACGGAUCCUGAUACUCUCUUUAAGAAUAUGCUUGAUAAAGAAACUUCUAAAUUAUCUGAAGCAGAAAAACGUGAAGCAUUAUCUAUUCGUCGUGUCUCCACCAUUGCUGCUCGUGAAAUUAUUCGUAAUGAAUCUGAUGCUGUUGUAACUAGGAUUGACACAAGAGAUAUGAUGAAACAAUCGAUCAAUUCUCCUAAAUCUCCUGAAAUUUAUCAUAACUUUAUAACUUCCCCAGUUGAUCAACUUAAAGAAGGUGAUACGAAGCUUGUUCCAGUUCCCAAUUAUGGCGAUUACCUUGAUGCCUCAAAUGCACCAAGCAUGUAAAAAGAUAUGUAAUAUGUGUACAUAUUAUUAUUCACUCUUUGUGAUUCAACAAAAUAUAUAUGUAUACAUAUUCAUAAUUGUAAUAGUUUGUUCAUAUAAAAAUAUAUGUAUAUACUUUAUUAGUUUUUUUCCCUCCCUCCCUCCCUAUUUUUCCAGAAUAAUACAAGUUUAUUUGAUAUAUAGACAUUAGUCAAAAAAAAAUAUCGUUUUAUGAAUUCUUUUGAAUAACUAA